AUGGAUUUACUUUCUUUCUUGAUUGAAUAUUUUCUUUCUUUUUUCUUUCUUUAUUUCUUGAUUGAUUGCUUACUUUGUUCCCUUUCUUUCUCUCUUUCUCUCUUUCGUUCUUUCUAUCUCUCUUUCUUUCUUUCUUUCUUUCUUUCUUUCUUUCUUUCUUUCUUUCUUUAUUCCGUUCUAUCUUUCUUUCCUGAUUGUUUUUCACAGUUCUUUCUUUCUUUCUUUCUUUCUUUCUUUCUUUCUUUCUUUCUUUCUUUUCGCCACUACCUAUAUGUUAGUAUCUAUCUAUCUAUCUAUCUAUCUAUCUAUCUAUCUAUCUAUCUAUAUAUAUAUAUAUAUAUAUAUAUAUAUAGAUACCUAGUUUUCUAUUCCUUCAUUCUUUUCCCCGCAUUCGUUAAUCAUUCUUUAUUCAUUCUGGCUUUGACAAUCUUUUAUUCACUUUUUUAUGACCAAUUAUUCAACUUUCUUUUCUAUUUUUUCUCUUCUCUUCGUUUUAUCUAUCUAUCUAUCUAUCUAUCUAUCUAUCUAUCUAUCUAUCUAUCUAGUUACGUUCAUAACUAUUUCUCUGUCUGCUUCGGUUUUUCAAUAUCAACAACUCAUUUCUUAUUUUCUUCUCUUUCCUUUUCAUUUGUAUCUGUAAAAUUUGGAUAUGCUUAUCUUUUUUUUCCAUUCUUUUUCCCCUUCUUUUUGUCGUAG